AUGCCGCUUGAUAAGCCCAGGUUAGAUCACAAUACCCCCAAAGAGGGUAGGAUACCUUGCUUUGUGUGGACAGAGGGGAUUCUCAGUGCUUACGGGCAAAUUCACCGGAGCGACGAGUGCCCAUCACGACUGCCGGGACGUGUUGAAUCGUUGAUGGAAGCUCUUCUGUCCUUUGAUUUCCUCAUACCCAACAGACAUAGGGAAACCUUCGCCGCAGAGUGCGCACAACAUGAGAUCGCAUCCUUGCCCCUGGGGAGUUGCUUAGUCCCUCCGGAGUCAGCCUACCUUGAAGAUUUUGAAUUCCAAACACCAGCUUUGGACGUAGCGAAGAACGUUAUUGAGAGCGAAAUUGAGGAGUUUCGGGCUCUGGCGCAGAGAUCGCGAGACCUUUGCUUCAAGAACGCUACACGAGAACAAUGGCAGCAUUUCCUGCAUUCUUAUGUGUUUAAAAGUUUUGAGGACACCUUCUCACCUCUCACGAGAUACGAAGCAAGCAAUGUUCACUGGGAUGAAGCCAAAAAGUAUCCAAAUGUCGAUCGUUCUGCCACGCAGCCGAUAGGUCCUAAGCCCGAUCUCACAUAUGGGAUUCCAAUUCUUAGGCCUUGCGACCUGGAUGGCCUUCCCAAAGGAUUUCGUGACCUUGAACAAGUCACCAAUUUUACGAUCGAGAGCCUGGGAACCCUAUGCUCCGCUGGCCUUACUUCGUCCCCGCAGAGCGGCGUCAGUAAAUGGACAAAGGAUAAAAGAUUUCCCCUCAAUCAGAAUCAUCUAGUGUGUUUUCCUUGGGCGGCAGUGGAGUUGAGUCCUGUGGAAGAAGAGCAACAGCCAAUUGACUUUUGCUACUACCAAGCGGCAAAUACGGCCUCAGCUGCCCUUAAGCUGCUUGAAGGUCUAUACACAAGCUCUGGUACAUUCACCAUCAAUUCCUCUCCCCCAGUGGUUAUGUUCACCUGUCACGGUCCGGAACUGGGUGUUUGGCUGGCUUAUUCGUGCUCUAAGGGGUUUGGUCCAAUUUGCUAUGUAAUAACUCUUUUCACUGCUUUUCCUUCCUCUUAG